GAAAAACGACCGGAAGCGUUAAUGUUGUCGUAGUACGCUUGACGCCGUCUUCCGGUGCCCACUCCUGUCAAAAUGGCUCGUCUACUACCAAUUAAAAAUGUAGUUGUUUCUACUGUUUUGCUCGUCGUAUGCACGAAUUUUGUGUGUUGUAAUAACGGCAGAAGGGUCGGUGAUUCCUUGGACGCCGAGUUCAGUGGUUUUUCUGUACCUCUUGAACACUCAUUCGAACCCGACGACGUAGCAAAGUUUCGAGUACGUGGAGCACUGGUGUUGAAAGCUGGACGGGAGCCCAGCGUCUCUUUAAGUCAGAACCAGCUUUCAGAGGAAGACAGAAUCAAACUGAAGGAAGUGGCAGCAGUGGACGGUCUGUACAGGAUCAGAGUGCCUCGUGUUUUCCUGCAGGCAGACAGGCAGACAGAGCGGCAGAUGGAGGGUUACCUCACAGCGUUUGUCAGAGCCUGUGCCAUGGUUGAGUCGCACCUGAGCGACGCCAUCACCCUCCACACCGACGUCUCUGGGUACCUCAUCGGCGUCUCUAUAGUGACGAUACCUGGGGCCUGCAGAGGCACCGAGGUCGAGGAUGAAGUAGAUCUUGAGGUUUUCAACACCACGCUCCGUGUGAUGGCGCCUGUUAACGCACCGGGACCGGAGACGGCUCUGUUCCUUGAACGAUUGGAACAGGAAUCUGAGAAGAAAGCGAAGAAUCCACAAGAGCAGAAAUCUUUCUUUGCUAAAUAUUGGUAUUUGAUUCUGGGAGGUGCAAUCUUCCUCAUGGCCACCAAUUCGGCACAGCCCCCAGCAGGGGGAGGCAGAGAGCAGAGCUGAUUCCCACUGAAUGGAUGUACAUCGUUCCUCUCGUCCUCUUCCUGAUGAUGUCAGGAGCUCAGGACCAAUCAGGGGGAGGAGCCGGGGGCGGAGCAGCCAACGGAGGUGGCCGAUGAGCCGAACGCUAACAACAUUUCUUUCUUUUGUUUGUUUGUUUUUGUGAAGAUUUACUGAACAAUAAUUCUCUUGGACAGUUUGUAAUUGCUGUACAUAAUGCUAUUUAAGGAAAUGUCUGUCACACACACACACACACACACACACAGCUGAAGCUUGUACAGUACAAGAGGAGAUACCGUGCCCUGCAGACGACUGCAUUUUUAAUACUAAUGUGAAAAUAAAGUAUUUAUUACUUGAA